GGGGGCGCUGGGUGGGAAGGGGCGUGUUGCCAGCGCACGCGCGCUCCCGCGGAGGCGAGAUCUCAAGAACGAGCGGGCCGUUUUUCAAGAAGGGUCACUAGGGUGGUUUGCGUGUAUCGGGAGCCGAACGGUGCCGAGCGGAGGAGGGCACCAUGGCUGCCCUCCUUCUGCUGCCCCUGCUGCUGCUGCUGCCCCUCCUGCUGCUGCUGAAGCUCCACUUCUGGCCUCAAUUGCGCUGGCUCUUGGCGGACUUGGCCUUCACGGUCCGCGCUCUCCGCUGCAAAAGAGCUCUUAGAGCUCGUGCGCUGGCCGCGGCUGCCGCCGACCCAGAAAGUCCCGACGGGGGCUGCAGCCUGGCUUGGCGCCUUGCGCAACUGGCUCGGCAGCGCCCCGCACACCCCUUUCUCAUUCACGGCACGCGGCGCUUCAGCUACGCGGCGGCGGAGCGCGAGAGCAACCGGGCUGCGCGCGCCUUCCUGCGCGCGCGGGGCUGGGGCCGGGGCUGGGGCGGCGGAGAGAUAGAACAGGAGGCGCAAGGCGCCAGAGACGCAGCGGCCGGAAGCGGUGCGGGGCUUGCGGAAUGUGAAGAGGAUGGGGCGGCCAGAGGUGGAGGAGCUGCGACCCCUCUGGCACCCGGGGCGACCGUGGCGUUGCUUCUCCCCGCCAGCCCAGAAUUCCUAUGGCUCUGGUUCGGGCUGGCCAAGGCUGGCCUGCGCACAGCCUUUGUGCCCACCGCCCUGCGCCGAGGUCCCCUGUUGCACUGCCUCCGCAGCUGCGGCGCGCGCGCGCUUGUGCUGGCGCCAGAGUUCCUGGAGUCCCUGGAGCCCGACCUGCCCGCCCUGAGAGCUAUGGGGCUCCACCUGUGGGCUACAGGCCCAGAAGCACAAUUUGCAGGAAUUAGCGAUUUGCUGGCUGAGGCAGCAGCCCAAGAGAAUGGGCCAGUGCCCGGAUACCUCUCUGCCCCGCGGAGCAUAACGGACACGUGCCUGUACAUCUUCACCUCUGGCACCACGGGCCUCCCUAAGGCUGCUCGGAUCAGUCAUAUGAAGAUCCUGCAGUGCCAGGCGUUCUACCAGCUGUGCGGUGUCCACCAGGAGGACGUGAUCUACCUUACUCUCCCACUCUACCACAUGUCUGGAUCCUUGUUGGGCAUUGUGGGUUGCUUGGGCAUUGGGGCCACCGUAGUGCUGAAGUCCAAGUUCUCAGCUGGCCAAUUCUGGGAGGACUGCCAGCAGCACAGGGUGACUGUGUUCCAGUACAUCGGCGAGUUGUGCCGAUACCUCGUCAACCAGCCCCCGAACAAGGCAGAACAUGGCCAUAAAGUGCGGCUGGCAGUGGGCAGUGGGCUACGCCCAGACACCUGGGAGCGGUUUGUACGGCGCUUUGGGCCCCUGCAGGUGCUAGAGACAUAUGGACUGACAGAGGGCAAUGUGGCCACUUUCAACUACAUAGGACAACAGGGAGCUGUGGGACGUGCCUCCUGGCUUUACAAGCGUGUCUUCCCCUUCUCUUUGAUUCGCUAUGAUGUCACCACAGGGGAACCAGUUCGGCAGGCCCAGGGGCACUGUGUAGCCACAUCUCCAGGUGAGCCAGGGCUGUUGGUGGCCCCAGUGAGCCAGCAGUCCCCAUUCCUGGGCUACGCUGGGGGGCCAGAACUGGCCCAGGGAAAGCUGCUGAAGGAUGUCUUCCAGCCUGGGGAUGUUUUCUUCAACACCGGGGACCUGAUGGUCUGUGAUAACCAAGGCUUUCUUCGUUUCCACGAUCGUACUGGAGACACCUUCAGGUGGAAGGGGGAGAACGUAGCCACCACUGAGGUGGCCCAGGUCCUUGAGGCCCUGGACUUCCUUCAGGAGGUGAAUGUCUAUGGAGUCACUGUGCCAGGGCACGAAGGCAAGGCUGGAAUGGCAGCCGUGGUUCUUCGUCCCCCCCACGCUCUGGACCUUGUGCAGCUUUACACCCAUGUUUCUGAGAACCUGCCACCUUAUGCCCGUCCUCGGUUCCUAAGACUCCAGGAGUCUUUGGCCACCACUGAGACCUUCAAACAACAGAAGGUUCGGAUGGCAAGUGAAGGCUUUGAUCCUAGCACACUGUCUGAUGUCCUCUACAUUCUGGACCAAGCUGUGGGUGCCUACCUCCCUCUCACACCUGCCCGGUAUAGCGCCCUCCUGGCUGGGGACCUACGAGUCUGAGACCUUUCGUACCCUAUGGGAGGUACUCUGAGGGGUGCAGGCCAUUGUGGGUGAUAUUAGGGGUGGCAGGGAUGUUUUAUAUAUCAAUUGUCAUUAUUUUGUAAUAAAUGGGGCCAGAGGCAGUCUGGAUGUCUUUCCAAUCUGCGGUAUCCUUCUCUUGAGUCUGUGUAUGGAG